AAAUAUUCCUCCACUCUUCCACAGCUCUUAUUCAGAAAAUCCUGUGUCAGACGUCAGUUCAGCUGAUGUCAUCAAUGGUUCAGUCUCAAAGCUCUCUCUCACAGGUAAGAAGUCAUCAUGCCUUCAUUUGUCAUCGAUCAGCCACUGCCCGUCAUGGAGUCCAAGGAGUCUGACCAGUGGAGUUCCGGAAUCUGUGACUGCACAGAUGACAUGGCAGACUGCUGUUUUGGAUUCUGGUGUUGUCCCUGCCAUGCCUGUAUACAUACAAGGGAGUACGGCCAGUGUCUUUGUCUCCCUCUGCUGGACAUCUUCGGCAUCAUCCCACCCGUCACAAUGUCCAUGAGGGUGUCCAUGCGCCAGCGCUACGGCAUCAAAGGCACUAUCUGUAACGACUGUGUGAAUGCCACCUGCUGCAACUGCUGUGUCUGGUGCCAGAUGUCCAGAGAGAUGAAGAGCCGCAUCAUCCCCAUUGUCCUGGUCAGUGCUAGGAAGUAGGAACGAAUGACCAACAUGUUACCAUAACCUCAAUAUCACCGUAGUCAUCCCAAUACAGCCAUAACCUUUUUCAGAGUCAUGUUUCUGUGUUUAUAUAAUGUGUAUUUAUUCCUACAUGCCCGAAUUGUCAGAUUGUUUGACAAGAAGUCACUGUAAACAGUGUAUAUUAAAACGAUAUUUAUGCAUGCUUAAAAUGAUGUAUAUAUGUCAUUCUAUGAACUAUUAUGCCCCCAAUAAGGACAUAUAUUAUAAAUGUUUUAUUCUAUAAAAUAUAUAUACCAAAUAAAUAUGUUUACA